AUGAACAUGCAUCUUGGAGGCGCGUUUCCGUUCUCGCUUGUGCCGACAACUUCGACCGCAUCAUCACAGGCGUCGGUGAUCAUGAGUUCGUCAGAUUCAGCCCGUGACGAUGUGACGCCGCCAGCUGGUAAAAGGAUUAAAACGGAAGAGGAUGACGAGAAGACUGCCAGAGAUUCUGCUGCCACAGCGGUAACAUCCACGUUUAAAUGUAACGAAUGUGACAAAGCGUUCAAAAGUCUGGAAUUUCUGGAACAUCAUAAACUUAUGCAACAUAGCGGAUUUUCACAGCAGUGA